AUGGCUGGGGCAAUCGAACCACCUCAACCCCAACUACCCCGACGUCCACGCAUUGCGGUUACAUUGGGUGAUCCGUCCGGUAUUGGUCCUGAGCUGAUUGCCAAGCUCCUUAGUAACCCAGCGAAUUGCCAGAGGGCCGACAUUGUUCUUCUAGCUGAUGAGACUGAGUUUCAAUCCGCUAGAGCUGAUGCAGGAGGUGUGGAUGUCGCUAUUUCUCCCGGCGCUGCUGGGCCUAAUAGAAUUCAAGUGCUUGACGACAACAGCGCCGGGCGAUAUUUAUCUACGCAAGGAGAGGUUUCCAAGGCCAGCGGGGCACGCAGCAUCCAUCAAUUAAAGAGAGCAUUGAAACUGGUACAAGCCGAUGAGGUUGACGCCAUCGUCUUCGCCCCAUUAAAUAAGAGCUCUCUGAAACUCGCGGGCAUGACAGAGGAAGACGAACUGCGAUGGUUCGCCAACCAAUUGGACUUCAAGAGCAUCACUAGCGAGAUCAAUAUUGCGGGACCGCUGUGGACCGCUAGAGUCACGAGCCACAUUGGGAUAGAGGAGGUUGCGCAACGCAUUACCAAGGUAUCAACACUGAGAGCUAUCGAGCUGUUGCACCGGCUGAGGUGGGAGUCGGGGAUUGAGUCUCCUCGCCUAGGCGUCUGCGCACUUAACCCUCACAGCGGUGAGAACGGCGCGUUCGGGCGGCAAGAGAUAGAUCACAUUCGUCCCGCGGUUGAAGCAGCUCGGGAAAGCGGUAUCAAUGUCCAGGGUCCAUUCCCAUGCGACACCAUCUUCAUCAAGCGACAGCAUUUUGAUGGCAUUGUCACUAUGUACCAUGAUCAGGGGCAGAUUGCAAUGAAACUACUAUCAUUUGACGGUGGAGUUACUGUGCAAGGUGGCCUUCCUAUUCCUGUUGCCACGCCUGCUCAUGGUACAGCCUUUGAUAUCGCCGGCAAGAAUCUAGCGGCUGUCACUAGCACUCAGAAUGCCUUCGACAUUGCUGUGACAAUGGUGGAGAGGAGGAUCCUGAAGGAAUCACGCCUGGUUUCUGAUGUUAUGCCUGUCAAAACUGGACCCUUUCCAAAAACCACACUAGUGGAAAUCAUCAGCACCUCAUGUUGCUGA